CGACACUGGUCGCCCAGGUCGCCCAGGUCGCAUCGCUGGGAAGACCCUGGCCCCAAGGGUCGUGAUCGUCGUCCGCUGCCGCCACCUUUGUCCUCGUCGCGCGCUGCCCACCUGCUCCACAUCAGCCCACGGUCGAUCACAGAGAACCGCCUUGAACAGACGUCCUCUCGACCCGACCGCCCUGCCUUUACCUCGCUUCCUGUCCAUGACCUUGGUCAAUUAACUGCAUUUGUAUCCCCAUUUGCCUCUAGGGUGUCCUCUUCGGGACCACCUUAGAACCAACUGAACAAGGUGGAUUCCGCCCAAGAAAUCGUGGCAUCUCCCGGUGCCUUACAAAACGUCACGUCCUACCUCAACGGGGCGUUGGCUAAUCUCUCGUCUGCCUUUCAAGAUUCGAGCGAUUACAUUUCCGACACUCUCGGUGUCCCUCCAACAUUAGUCUACAGCAGCCUCGCCGUCCUGCUCGCCGUCCCGUUGACAAUGUCGAGAUACGGCUGGUCUAUCAGCCGCGAACAACUUUCGCCCUACGGUUCCGUCCCUGGCGAUGUGCCCGCCGUCACCGACGAUGACUUUAGCUACAUCACUUCCCAAGAUCUGGAUGAUGUGACCGAAGCCCAAUAUUAUCCCAGAUCUCACUCGGCCGCCCCGCCAGCUCCCGAAGACGAUGUCCUCUUGAUCAAGAACAGGGGCGUGACGUAUCCCGCACACUUUCCUGCGUAUGCAAUCGGAGAUGGAAAGCUGCGAGUAAUAGACGUCAAGGACCGGGUCGGUCUCAUGAUGGAGCUGCCUGUGCGGGGAACCUCACGGAUCAAGCUCCUGUACAAGGGCAAACAGCUCAAAGACCCCUUGGCGCCAGUUCGAGACUACGGUGUCAAAAACAACAGCGAACUGAUGGCGGUGAUUCCCGAGAUUGAAGAUAUCAGCAGCCCAUCCGAUGAGGAGAUGGUGAUUGUUGAUGCGCCCCGGGAAGACAGGAAAACCCGCCGCCGCAAGAAGAAGCGUGAUAAGAAGAAGGGCAUCACCAGCGAUAGUGACUCUAUGUCGGCGAGCAACCCUCGCGACAGUACCUCUACGUUUGAUCAGCCUCGAUCACCUCCUGCGCCGCCUGUGUCCUCUGGAGCGACCAGUGGCCCCAUGAAGGCUCUGGACGACCUCGCCGUCGAAUUCCAGAUCAAGUGGCUGCCCCUCUGCACCGACUACAUCGAGGCACCCCCCUCCGAUCCCAAGAAGCGGGAGGAGGACCAUCGCAAGGUGUCAGAGUCCAUCAUGCAGCACAUCAUGCUCAAGCUUGACUGCAUUGACAGCGAGGGUAUUGCAGAGGUCAGGGCGAGGAGAAAGGAGCUGGUCCAGCAGGUCCAGAAGACACUGAAGCAACUGGAUGUUGCAAAGGACUCAUAACCAAAACUUUCCUACUCUCAGUUGUUGACGGCCAUGUUAGAGGCCGAGAAGAUUGUCUAGUCUCGAGUGCAUUUGGCGUUAAACCGGACGGAUAUGCGGAUGCUCGUUUACCAUUGCUAUUCUCAUUAGAACAAGCUGUACAAUAGAUCCAAGGAGAUUCGACGGCCUUGACGAUGAUGACCAAGAUAGAAAGCCUGGACAGAUUGUAUUCUUUUCUUUAAUCAACCGUUUGGGAUUUGGCUAGACCACUUGAAUCUAGAUCACCUUUUGCUUC